UUUGAAAGAUGUGUAGGUUCACGUAGGCGUGCUGUUCCAGAAUAGAAACUAUUCCCCAUUCUAUUUGUAAUAUCAGCUUUCAGUUGGAUAACACUUGCAAUUAAUAUAGCCCUCAAAAUGCUCAGAAGUCCUUUUAUGAGAGAAUUUGAGGAAGACCCUUUCUUCGCUGCACACAGAGAUCGCAUGCUGUCGAUGGGAUCAAUGUUUCCGAUGCCCGAUCCAUUCUCCCGACCUCAGAUUCAAGAUUCUAGGAUAGUGGAACGAGAACGACGUUCUCGAGACAGACGUCAUCAAUUACAGCGACAACAGAUGCAGCAACCUUCACCUUUACCGAUGAUGUCAUUUGGAUUUAACGGCAUGUUGUCUAAUAUGGAAAAAAUGAUGUCAGAUAUGCACAAACAGUUUGAACAACCUCUCGUUAGUCCGGUUGGUGGAGGUCACAAUUUCACCCAGUCAUCGUUUGUAUCAUAUUCUAACGUAGGUCAGGGAGCUCCUAGAGUAUAUCAGGCAUCGUCGUCUCAAAGAUGUCGUGGAGGGGUUGUAGAAACGAAGAAAACCGAGAGAGAUUCUAGAACAGGUGUAGAAAAAGUCGUUAUAGGUCAUAAAAUAGGUGAAAGAGAACAUAAAAUAGAGAAACAAAAUAACAGGGUUACAGGUGAACAAGUUGAAAAUCAGGAAUUUAUUAAUUUAGAUGAAGAGGAAGCCGAAAAAUUUGAUCAAGAAUUUCAAGAUAAUAUAAGAAAAACGAUGCCAGUUCGAGGUGGGGCCGAUCAUAUACGUAGACAUCGUGUUAAUCCCACAGAAGGUCAAGGCCACAGUCAUUCCCAUAGUUACACUCAACGACCUCCUCGUCAAAUACUUCCUCCAACACCCAGAUAUAGAAGUUAUCGAGAUAGGAAUUAAUAUUAUACUGUAGUGUGAUAGAUGUGUGUGGUAUUUAUGAUUUGUAGUAAAGGUUUUGACAAACCUCAAGUCAUCUGACACAGCAAAGAAAGAUGGCUGCUAUAUAAACAGUGUUUGAGAGUUAUCUCCCAUUCAAGGGUAAUCCCCACUAUCAUAUAGUGAUUUUGAUUUCCACAAAAGAUGUGAGAACAAAUAUUUAAAGGCAUUUCUUUUUUUAUCUCUUAUUGAGUUGUUUGUUUUCACUAGGAUAUUUACAUUUGUGACCUUUGAUAGCAAAAUAGGUUGGAAGUCACAAGUCUUUUAUAAACAAAAAUGUUCAAAUCUGCUAAAAUAUUUUUGGUUUCCACAUAGGAUGUGAGGCAUCUUUUUUUAUCUCUUUUUGAGUUGUUUGUUUUCACUAGGAUAUUUACAUUUGUGACCUUUGAUAGCAAAAUAGGUUGGAAGUCACAAGUCGUUUAAGAUAUAAACAAAAAUGUUAAAACCAGCUAAAAUAUUUUUCAUUGAUAUUACAAGAAAGUAAAGUUUAGAUUGGAUAAAAAUAGCAAACUAAAUUUUUUUUUAUAUUUUUAGCCUAUUUCGACAUUUUUGUGCAUAUAUUAUUAUCAUAAACAUUGACUCCACGAUUUCCUAUUCAUUUUGCUGUUACGCGUCAAAUUUGGUCUUGUGAAAAGAUAUCUUGGUUUGUAAUACUUAGUAUUGGUUCAUUAUGUCUUUAUUCUUUGUACGUUUUGUAAGUGGCUGUUCCAAAUUACGAUAAGAUCAAUUUGAACAUGUCAUUGAAUUUAGAAGUUUUAUAUUUUGUACAUAUGAAAAAUUUUGUAAGUGGCUGUAUUGCCGUGCCAAAUUACGAUACGAUCGGUUUAAAGGUUACAACUAGCAUUUGCGUGAAAUUAGAAGAACAAUAAUUAGUUAUGUUUUUAAACUGCAUUUAAUUGGAAACAUGAGAAAGAUUGAAUUCUACCAGCAACCACGGUCUAUUACUUAAAGAUACUAGAAUUGUCUUUCUGAAAACCACGUGAUACCAAUUGAGUAUUCACUGGUGUCUACUGAUAAGUUCAUAACUGUGUUUUUCUUUAUUUAUUCUGAGUCAUUCUAUGACUAGUCUCUCUGUCUAUGAUUGUAUGCCGUCUGACUUACCAUGUUUUUAUUUUGCAAUAUUACCGGCGUUUUGGCUGAAGUGAGGGAUAAGCCAAUGAAACAGUCUGUUGCGACGACUUCUUGGCGUGUCAUGCACGGAACUGUGGGUAAACCACUAGAAACGUCAACGCUGAUUGAUUAAUCAAUGUCUUGUGUCAUAGGAAUCAAUGUCUGGCGUUAUAAUGUCAAAAGCCGCUCGUACGACCCCAGACACGACCUACGUGUACAACUUGUCAGAUCUUCAUGUAGUGUAGGCCAUCGGAAUUAUAAAAAAAAAAUGAAACAAAAUAUAGAUGUGUAUUUUAAUCAGAUUGGCUGUUGAUCUAAAUCUUACGUAAUGCAUCUUUAAAGCUAGUUUUGUUAUUAAAACGUUAUAUUUGUGUUAAAUCUAUAAUUGUUAUAGAAAUUAUAAACUACUUCUAGUUGUAAUGUAGCGCUAUAGAAGACAAUAACGCUAUUAAAGUCUUCAAAAUAUAAUCAAUUGGAUUAGCUAAAUUGCGAGCGUAUUUAAUGCUCACCCGAAGGUCGAGGUGCGUCGGGAGGCCCAAGAGUGAAAACGUGAAGGACUGAUGUAGCGCUAUAGAAGACAAACUAUAAUGAUAAUAAUAGGAUUGAUUUGGUUGGAGAAAGAAAUAUUUCUCUUCCGUGAAAAAGUUCCUAUAAAUACUUUAUUUGUUUUAUUUUAAAAUGUUAGAAAUAUACCAAUAAAAUAUUCAACUUUUUGAAUGCGUUCAAUCAAAGAUGUUAUUUUGAAUGAAUUCAAAAAUGUUAUUGUUGAUUUAUUAAAAAAAAAGAAAAGAUUUUGCAUUUUUUAGACUGUGUAUGUAGUAAUAAAAAAUUUGUUUGGAAUUAGGGAAUUUUUAUGGUCAUACUUUUUGUUGAUAGAUCUACGUGUUGUUUGUGUCUCGGUUUUAAAUUUACGUAGAAUAUGGAAGAUAAAACGAGUCCGGUUAUAUCUCAUGUACAAAAUAACCCCGACCCCGACCCCCACUGAAUACCCGGAAUGAGUCAAGAUUUUAAUAAUUGUCCAUCUUUUGGGGAGAUUUUUGUUGAUAGAAAUAUGAUAGAAAUAUUAAUUUUGUUGAAUAUGAUUGGAGAUUGCCAAUGUUAAAAAGUUUCAAAGAAUACAUAUUGUAAUUAUAGUAGCUAAACCUUGAUCGCCUAGUAUUCCCCAAAAAACAUGGAACAAACAAAGAUAUUAAUAUUUGUCAACUAUUUGGAAAUUGUCUUUAAUAAACUGGGGGGGUGGAUGGCCGAAUGGUUAGCACGUGCGUGCUGUAUCAUAAGGCCUGUCAUUGAGUCAACUGCCGUGGUUUCGAAUCCCCGGUUGUACAUGACAAGGAGUUGGGUAGCCCGUCCAACCUCGUGGGUUUUCUCUAGGUCCUCCGGUUUCCUCCCACUGCUAAAGACCCCUACGCGCAAGCGAAUUAUUGAAAUAAAAUUAAACCAUUUGUUAAUCUCGAAAUGACCUAGUUUGUGUCGAGUGGAAGUUAAACCCCAUUUCUCUCCCUCUCUCUCUUUGAUAAACUGAUUGAAAUUGAAUAUUUGUUGAGUGUGAUUGAAGAUUGUCAACAAUUACAAAGUUUUAUGUAAUAUGUAUAAUUAAUAGAUUUAAAUUUAUAUAAUUCUAUGUAUGUUAUUAGGUACCUUGUUACGAUAUAUUGUCGUUGUAUGAUUAUAACUAUACAAACCGUCCCAACAGAAUUAAACAUCACAUUUUAAUAUUUUCAUCUUGAACAAGAAAUGAUUUAGAAUGAAGAAUUAAGUGCUCUUAAAACUGUUGAAUAUGGAGUAAGUCACUUAGCUAUAUUUAUGUUCUAGAUUAGUUAAAGAUUAUGUGCAUUUUUUUUCUUCUUUGGUCCAUGCUCUUCAAAAAAAAAAGUCUAGGCUCCUACAAUUCAAGUCAGUGAGACACGAAACAGUACUUAUGUUCCUUUGACAAUUGUGCUUUGAUUGAAGAACUUUGAUUUUUGAUAUGGCGUCGCUUUGAUUGAAGAACUUCGAUUUUUGAUACGGCGUCCAAAUUCCAAGACGGAAGUGAUGAAGACUACCAUGUUCCUGAUCAAUGUGGUACUUGGUUUUAAAUAUUUAUAUGUGUGUGUACAUCCAAACUUAUUCUAGUUUGAUGGAAGGAUUUAGUUCUAACAAAACAGACUAUGUGUUUAUUUACAACUACAGCAAUAUUCAUACCUGAGUCUUGAUUCUAAUAUUUAGAAAUAAACGAUUCACAAGCAAAUUUCAUCUACUAGUGACUUUAUUCAUGAAAAACAAUUGAAUUUGUCAAAGGGUUAGAAGAAUUAAACUCCAGCUACGUAAGUUUGUUGUACUUCAGCUUAGGAGAGACUAUAGUAACAUAGUGUGGAAUUUAAGGGAUUAUUGAUUUAAAGAAAUUUAAACUUUGUAUUAAUGUAGUUGAUAUGUAUUUUUCAGUGAGUCCCAUGUACAGCAACAUGUAUGCAAUAUGUAUUAUGUCACGGUUGCUAUGACUACUAUCUAACAAUAAAUCUUGUGUAGUUGAUAUAAACUGGUCACUAAGACCUCUCUGUAUAAUAUAGGGGGGUUGGAUGACUGAAUGGUUAGCGCAUGUGCGUUGUAUCAUAAGGUCUGUCAUUGAGUCACCUGGUGUGGUUUUGAUUUCCCGGUUGUACGUGACAAGGAGUAGGGUCGCCUGUCCAACCUCGUGGGUUUUCUCUGGGUCCUCCAGUUUUCUCCCACUGCUUAAGACCCCUACGUACGUGCAAGCGAAUUAUUGAAAUAAAUUCAAACCAUAGGUUAGUCCCAAAAUGACUUAGUUUGUGUCGAGUGGAUGUUAUUGAACUGUUUCUCAUUCUUCACCUAGAGAGCUAUCUACUUCAUACUUUGAGAAUAGAUUUUCAGUCAGAGCUGAUUGUAGACAGACAGCCAGCCAAGCUAAGUUUAGUUUGAUUGUUUCUAUGACUACUAAUGAACAAUAAAUCUCUCGUACCUACAUGUAUAUUCUCCCGUCAAAAGGCAAAACCUAGUAAUUCACUUUUUUCUUAUUUUGAGAAAACAAAGGAAAACGUAAUGAAUGAAUAUUAAACCCCAGCUCAUCCAUUGAUUUGACUAUUGAGUUACUAGGUUUUGCUGUGGUAUACUAGGCAAUUGAAGGAAGUUGCUAGGUUGUGUCAUGGGUGUAACUGCUUACAAAAUCAAAAGAUUGGAAGAUCUAGUACAACAACAGGAAGCACAUACCCUAGUAACUACAAAUUUGGUCCUAACUCAAUUUUGAUAAAAAAGUGAGUUACUAGGUUUUGCCUUUUGACGGGAGUAUUAUAGAACUGUUUCUAUGACUACUAAUGAACAUUAAAUAUCUCGUACCUACAUAUGUAUAUUAUUUAUAGUGCUGUAUAUUUAUGUCAUGUUUGUAAAUAAUUUCUCAUUUCAAUAAAAUAUAAUUAUUCACAUGUAA